GUGCCGUUUUGUAACAGCAGUUCCACCUUAUCUGGGGUCUCUACCGGUAAGGACGUGAUUUCACCGCUUGAAUUGACGCCGUGACUGUAGAGAAAUGAUGUCGUUGUUUAUAGUCACAUGUUAGAGCUUCAGUUAAGGAGAGAACCCGUGUCCUCCCUCGCCUGCAGGCAAAUGGCAGGCGGCUAGAGACGGAGCCACCUCACGGUCCUGUUUUUAGCUCCGCGCAUAGAAGCUAACUUUUGUAGAGUUUGUUAAACAGGCCCUUUUUUCGUGCUAGCUACCUCUCAGUUUAGCUUCCGAUAGAACGGUGUUUGGGCGCUUCCUGUAUCCGCUAGCAGGGACGCUGGCAUCGCCGGGUUGAUCAACAUGGUGACGCUUUCAUCCGUAAUCAGACCGCUGUCGUCUCAGCUCCACCGACAGCUCGUCAGACGCGUCAAGACCCACCGAAUAACACCUGCCAGAAGAUGCAACCUCACGGCGUGUUCAAGCAAAUAUGUGCUGUCGCAGAUGCAUCCCAUGUGGCAGGGACCCCUUGCAAUACCAGGAGGCGAUCGACAGUCUCCCAUCGACAUUGUUGUACGGAAGAGCAUCUUUGAUUCAGAGCUGAAGCCUCUCGUCUCCGUUUACGACCCAAAUACUUGCCAACAGAUUUGGAACAACGGUUACUCCUUCCUGGUGGAGUAUGAUGACACUACAGAUAAGUCCACCCUGAAGGGAGGUCCCCUGCAAGACAAUUUCCGGCUUUGCCAGUUCCAUUUCCAUUGGGGUGAGAGCAACGCCUGGGGGUCAGAGCAUACACUGGACAGGAGGCUGUUCCCUGCAGAGCUCCACCUGGUCCACUGGAACUCUGACAAGUACAGCUUGUUUGAAGAGGCAGUGAUGGAGGACAAUGGACUUGCUGUUAUCGGAGUCUUCCUUAAGGUGGGAAAGCGACACGAGGGGCUGCAGAAACUGGUGGAUGCGCUGCCUGCGAUCAGACACAAGGGCAGCGUGGUGGAGUUCACCAGGUUUGACCCUGCCUGUCUGUUGCCUAGCAACAUUAAUGACUACUGGACAUACCACGGAUCUCUGACGACACCUCCUCUGACAGAGUCUGUUACCUGGAUCAUCAUGAAGCAUCACAUCGAAGUUAGCCAUGACCAGCUGGCCGUCUUCCGGAGCCUCCUGUUCACCUCAGCUGAGGAGGACGUACAGAAGAGCAUGGUGAACAACUUCCGUGUGCAGCAGCCACUGUGCGGUCGUGCUGUGCGCUCAUCGUUCAGCCCCUUCCUGCAGGAGGCGCAGUCGGCCGAAGGCGACAAGCACAACCACUAAUGCUGCUGGACCCUACGCACACACACACACACACACACACACACACACACACACACACACACACACACACACACACACACACACACACACAUUGCACACACUGCACAAAAGUGUAUUACUGUCCAGAUCAAUUUUUACUCUGCUCAUUAUUUCAUUAUUUCCACUUCAUUUAACUAAGGAGCAGUAGGUCCAUUUCCUAUUUGUCUGUAGAGGAAAUGUUAAUCGUCUCUUCAGGUUUGAUGUAAAUCUAUAACCAAUAAGGGAUCGUUGAUGUUGGGAACAUGUAGUUUUACUAGAUUUUAAUACAUUAAAUCUUAUUGAUAAAUUAUAUCAAUAAGAUUAUUAUAUAUUACAUUAUAUUCAGUUACUGUACACAAGUUUGUGCCGCCAGUUGAAUGAAGUAAUGAUGUUUGAUUCAUAUCAGCUGGAGCUUGUUCAUCAUGGGGAGGGCGAAAGUUUUAAAUCUAGCAUUUUAUAUCACAAAGCCACUUUUCAAAACAGAUUUCAUUUUUUGUAUAAUCUGUACAUUAACAUGCAAAUAAUGCUUAUUCAUCUGUUACAAAGAGAUUACACUGUAUGCAUACAGCUGGCAUUCAGUAGCCUUUGUUUUUAUGCAUCCACCACUUUGAUAGACGUUUUUUAAAGCUGAGCCUCAGUUGUUCUGCCCAGAACUUUCUUUCACAUAUAUAUAAAUAUAUAUGUUACUGAUAUGCACAUCUUUCAAGGUUAUUAUAGCACAUGCAUUUCUUUUCUUGAUUGACAUGAGCCAUGGUUGUCUCUCACUCAGCCUGUCUCCAGUGCUACCGCAGUGCCUUAGAGCACUCGAUUUACAAGUAUCAUGCUCAAAAAACUAGUGGGGUCAGCAGAGUCUCAGCUGCACUCAGAGUUUCUACCUUGUAUCACUUUGCUUUACCUCUUGCGGUCAUGAAUACAUGGAAGGAAUUUAGUAAACCCAGGUCAGCUGACUGAUCAAGGCUGUUUUUUCGAGGGAACUGCUGUUUUCUUAAGUCUCUGUUUUGUUUUAAUUUGUUUAUGUUUCACUUAUGACAAAUGAAAUGUUACUGUUAUGGUCUGGGGUUGGAUGAGCUUACAAAUAUAGUGGAAUCACUUUUUAGAAUAUGUCUAAACGCACAAAGGAUACUAUAGUGAAGAGAGUUUCUGAGACCAACUCACCACAACAGUUUUGUAUGACUCACCUGGUGCAUUAGGUGUACUGAACGUUUCUCAUUAAAAACUAAACUGUUCUGGACUCCUAGACCCUCUAAAAGCCAUUUUUUCUGUGUGAAGCUAGGUGCAGAGAGGGCUGUCACAUCUUUAACUUCGGGGAAGGAAACACGGCACUGUAGGCAGCAGCAGAUCUGUCCAUGUGUGAAGAUUUCCCUUGCUGAUGUAGAGUUGAGAGGUCAUGGGUUGUCUCUCUAAUCCUCCCAGGGACAAUAGAACUACUCAAACGGGCCUCUUACCGCCUUUUAAAAUAACCACUCCUCUCAGGCAUGGAUGCCCUGCUCUAUCACCCCCAUUGGGGCCUAGCAUUGAAUAGACUAAGGGUAUUAUAUGUAUUGGAACUAUGCAUUGUGCAUAGAGAGUUGUUAAUUCAUAAUGACAGGUGCAGGCCCUUUACAUAAACACUAAAGGGGCCAAAUUAGGCAGGUCUGACAGGAUUUUUAAAGCAAUACAAAAUCAACACUUAUGUAUUAUUCUAACAUAAAGGCAGGGGACCCAUUGCUGCCUUUGUUUUUUACAGUAGUAUUUUAUCUAUAAAAUCUGAAUCAUGAUGUGCCUUCAUGUAUAAAGACUUUUAAUGUUUUUUAUGCCUCUAUGCUAAAAUUUAAAUGCAGUGGAUAUCACUAGAUGUUUAUAUGUCAGAUAUUGAGAUGAUGUGAUAUUUGCUAGCUUACUGGUGUUUUUCCCUCUUUCCCUGGCUCGGUGUGAUGUUUUAGCAGGUGUAUGUUAUGUAUUCUUUACUCUGUCUCUUGUACUUAUACUAGAUGUUUAUUUGUCCAGUGGGCAGCCAACAUUCCUGCCUUGCAGGGGUCGACACAGCCUUUCCCUUCUCCCAGCAUGCCUUGCUCCCCUUUGCGGGCUUCUUACCCUAUCCAGCCGUGGAACGAGGAAGCAUUUUGAUCCCAGGGGGAAGUGCUGAAAACCACCCAGCAGUGUCACAUGAUGCAGAAGUAAAGAUUAAAUCAAAGAAAGCUGCAGUGAUAUAUGUGUCAAUGAAAUAAAAUGUAAUGUUAGAAGGCAGAA